AUGUCGUUUCCACCUUUACAGAACCCUAAUUUAGAAGGGUAUCAUAUUACUCGAUCAAUGUGGUUAGAAUAUUAUAAUCCACAUCAAAAGACAUUUAUUGCAAAAAAAAAAUGUAGCGGAUGUUAUGAUGAUUCAAAAUUUGUUGUUUGGGCUGUAUCAGUUGGAGUUCAAGCAAUUGUUGAUGCAGCAAGAAUUUAUCCUGAAAUGCAACCAUUAAUUGCACCAGCUGUUGCAAUUUUUAAAAAAUAUAAAAAUAAUAGUGUUAAAGGAUAUUCAGCUGCUGAAAAUAGUGGGACCGAUAAAGAUAUUUAUUAUGAUGAUGAUGCACAAGUUGCAAGUGCUAUUUUAACUGCAUAUGAAGUUACAGGAGAUAAACAAUUUUUAGAUUCAGGUAGAGAAUUAGUUAGAUUUUUAAUGGGAGGUUGGAAUGAUAAUCCAAAAACUGUUACAAAAGGUGGAAUGCAUUGGCAUGUUUCAAAAACUUUAUUGAAUGCAUGUACUACUGCAGAAGUUGCAAAAGCUUGUUUACAAAUUGCUCAAUAUAUUCCAAAUGAAUCUCAAAUUUAUAUUGAUUUUGCAGCUAAAUGUAUUGAUUGGCAAAUUAAAGUCUUACAAGAUCCAUCUGAUAAAUUAAUAAGGGAUGGUGUUGGAGAAGAUAGUGAUAAAGUUGAUGAUGCUAAAUGGUCUUACAACACAGGAACUACUUUAUCAGCAGCUGCACAUUUAUACAAGGCAACAAAAGAUAAAAAAUGGCUUAAUAUAGCAAACGACUUAGCUGAAGCUAGUAUAAAUCAUAAUUCAUUUUUUUAUGAUAGAGAUUUUCCUGAUAAUUUAAGAUAUUGGAGAGAUUCAUCAUAUUUUGUUCAAUUAUUAAUUGAAGGAUUAGCUGAUUAUUUACUUUAUGUUGGUAAUGAUGUACCAGAAGGUUUACCACAAAGAAUUUAUGAAGAAAUUAAAAGACAUUUAAUUAUGUUUUAUGAAUUUAUGAAAGAUCCAAAAGAUGGAAUGUAUAUUCAAAGUUUCGAACCACAUAAUACAUAUAAAGAAGUAUAUGAUCAAAAAUAUCAUAAAUGGUUUGGUGAUGGUAAAGGUUGGGGUUUGAAAGGUGAAGAUAAAGAUGGUGAUAAUCCUCAAAAAUGUCUUAUGGGUUAUGCAUCAGCAGCUAGAGUGUUUUUCCAAGGUGCAAGGGUUGUUCCAAAAAUUGAUUAA